UUCUUUGCAGCUUUUGUUUUGCUGAAAAUAGCAGAAAUAUUCAGCAAGAGCCACAGAAUCAAGAACGAUAAUACACGAGACUUUACGAGAAAGCUUGGUAGCAACAAAAUGGCGAAAAUAACAACUUCGGAAGCUGAGAAUAUAGCCACUGUUCCCAAAGCAGAUGGAAGAGAGCGGCUAUGUAAAUGUUUGGGCUGGGCUGAGUUUGAUGAGGAGAAGGAUAUGCAGAGGUCUAUCCAUGUAGACUUCCUCUAUGACACAUUGAAAUACACUGCCGAGAAGGGUUUCUCCUGGAAUAAGGCUGCCACCUGUGCCAACUUUGCAGAUAAACUUGUUCAACAAAUUAAAGAAUGCGACAGAAUAACAGAUAUUCUUGGAUUCUACAAUUCACAAGCAUCAUAUCUUCUAGAAAGUUUGGGGCAAAGAGACUACCAGAUUUUCUCAGCAUAUGUAUUUGAAACAGUACUACCACAUUUCAAACUGUAUCAGUUAGUAUUUAACUUUCCAAGAGCUGAACAGAUACCAAGUGUACCUGUUUUAGUUGAACCGCCAUUUGAUGUAAAUACAUUGAAGGGGACAAAACCAUUAAACAUUUGGGAAUAUGAACAACAGAUAGCUGCCAUCGAAAGGAAAGAACAAGAGCGCCUGGAUGAGAUUAUGACAGAGAAGGAAGAAACUGUGUCCAGGAUCAACGGUGAGACAAAAACAAAGUUAGACAAGGUCGCUCAGUCAGAAACAGCAUUUGACAAAGAGAAACUGGGCAGCAUCAUUGAGGAGGUGAUGAAGGGGUUCACACUGGCGGCCACUGAGUCACUGAAGUGUGACAUUGAGAAACUGCAGGACAACCUGGAAUUCAAAUUGGAAAAAACCUCACUGCCACGACCUCAGGUUCUUGGCCCUCCCCCUCGAUACAGUGUCCAGUCAGUGAAGCAGUCGCCCUCCAAGGCCAAGUCUCCCAAGCCUGGCUCCCGCGCAUCUGCAAGGAGCAAGAAAAAAUAACAUGUGGGCUAUUGAUAAGGCAUUAAUAAGAAAUAUUGACGAGGCAGAACACGUCACAACUAAAUAACAACUUGAAGGAUGUAUGCUGGUACCAUUCAGAAUUUUUGUGUGCAGAGCACUAAGCCAGAAUAAUUUUAUGCUUCACACUGCUUAUGUACUGGAAGACUUGUUAAUUCUAGGUGCUGCUUUUGUAAAAUGGAUGUUGUUAAAAUUCAUUUAUUAAUGUGUUUUGUUUUUGUUUUUUCUAUUGUACCUCAAGUAAAAUGUAUUCUGUACUCAUUAUCAGAAGAGCUUGAAAAUAUUUUUAAACCCACAUUUGAUUAUUAUCUUCAAGAUUAAUAUCUGGCACAUAUGUUAAUAACAUGUUUUGUUUUAACAGUAUAUUUUUACCAAUAUCUGUCUGUUGUUUCUAUUAAACUAGAUUCUGAGCGGUUAUAUUUUUUUAUUAUUAUGUGAUAAAAUAUUGUUAUGUGAUUGUGAUAAAAUAUUGUUAUGUGAUAAAAGUUAU